AUGGACCUAAGAUGGUUACAGGAUGAAGAUAACAUAACAAGUAUUUGAAUUCUUAAUUAUUGAUAAGCUGCGGAUUAAUGCGAUCAUUUUAAUGCAUCCUUCAUUAGUUCUCCAAACAGAUCAUAAUUAGGAAAAACAAUGAAAAAUUAAUAUACCGCAGUCGAAUUUGCUGAUACUUUGGGGAAAAUAUUUUAAGUGAUACAUUCAUUUUACCUGUUUUUAGGCUAUAAAGGAGAAUAAUUUGGAGAAAGUAUAAAGUUUGGUCAGUACACACAAGAGUAGAUCAUAUAAUUUAGGAGGAGAUCCUGAAUUUAAGUGGGACAUCAUCAAUGAUUUGAGUCUUAAUUGGUCUCCACUUCAUCAUUCUAUAUUCUUAGGUUGCGAUGCUAUAUUUUUAUGGUUUUUGAGUGAAGGAGGUGAUAUCGCUUCAAUUACAUAUGAUGGAUACUCAGCUUUGACUUUGGCUGUUUUAUCAAGAAAUGAGUUAAUGGUCAAUUUAUUAAUUGCAUAACCAAAUCUUAACAUUAAUCAUGUCUCAAGAAAGGGAUCUGCCUUGCAUAUUGCAAUUCAAUUAAAUCAAAUUACAAUUUUGUAAUUGUUACUGUAACAUCCAACCCUUAAUUUGAACAUUUACAAUGAUCAAUUAUAAUAACCAAUUGAUGUUGCCUAAGGAAAAGCGAAAUCGAUGUUAGAAAAAGAAUUAUAAUUGAGAACUACUACUAUUCAUUAAAAUUAACCAAAAGACAAAAUUUCCAUAUUGAGUUCAGAAGUUAAUCUAUCAAACACAUUAGAUGUAAAAUAAUACUUAAAUUAUCAAACAGACCUUUAUUAUCAAUAGACCUUAGAAGCCUCCUGUGUACAAAGGAUAUAUUGAAAAAUUGCAUUUUUCACAUCUAUAUUCCUAUUAGAGAUAUAUCGUUAUUGAUCCAGAUAUUGGAGUAUUAGUCAGAUACUAAAGCAAAGAGGAUUGUCCUCUGAAUCCAAAAGAAACUAUACCUCUUUAAACUAUAUUUAAUCUUUAAAUUAUUGUUAAAGAGAGACUGUUUACAGACAAUUCUUAUUAAUUAUUAAUUGAAUAUAAUUAGAAAAAGAUGUAUUUUCUAUUUUCAUCUUAAAAAAUGGCAUAAAUAUGGUAUGAUUCAAUUAAAACAGCUUUGGGAUAUACAGUAUAUGUAAAAUAUAAAUUAGAUUAAUACAGUCAAAAGAAAGAAGUGAAGAAAGUAUUUAAUUAAGUCAAUUCUCUGUUAUUAGAUAUGAAUAAUUAUUCAAUAGAGAUUGAUUCAUAAGUAAAUCGAGAGUAAUAGAAAGUAGAGAAAAUUAAAAUUCAAUAAAAAUAGGAAAAACAAUUAUUUAAUAAUCUAAAAUUUUCAGAUUUCUAUUUUGCAGAAAUUCUUUAGAAAGGAUCUCUUGGCAAAAUUUAUAAAGCUAAAUAUUUAAAAGAUAAUAAGAUAUAUGUUUUAAAAUAAUAAAACAAAGAAUAACUUAGAAAGUGUUCUUAAAUUGAAAAUGCCAUUGAUAAAGUAAAGCUGUUAAGAGAGAUCUCUCAUCCAUUUGUUAUUAAUAUCAAGGGGGUGUUCUAGACAAAAGAGAAUUUGUACUAUUAAAUGAAAUAUUAUGAAAAUGGAGACCUAUCCCAAUAUAUAGGAUUCGGUAAUGUAUUAUCUGAAAAUGUUGCGAAAAUUCUGACUGCUUAAAUAAUUGCAGCUAUUGAAUAUUUGCACUCUCUCAAUAUUAUAUAUGGAGAUUUGAAGCCAAACAAUAUAAUGGUUUGUAAAAAUGGAUUCUUAAAAGUGGCUUAUUUAGGACUCAAUAAUGAUCUACUGAGAGAUAAGAUUGCCUUAUUUUUUUAUAGAUUUAUUGCAUAUUUGGCACCAGAAAUCAUAAAAGGAGAGAGUGUGACCUAAUCUGUUGAUGUUUAUGGUAUAGGAAUCUUGCUAUAUGAAAUGCUGACUGGAUUUCCUCCUCAUUUAAUUUAAGAUUUUGAAUUAAUGAUCCAAAGAAUAUAACAUUGUCCUGUAAAUUAUGAUACAAUCAACUCAAAGAUGGCUGUCAAACUAUUAAAGAAAAUGCUUCAGAAGGAUUAAACAAAACGUCCAACUUUGAAGGAUAUAAAGAAUCAUGUAUUUUUUGCAGACAUUAAUUGGAAUAAGCUACUCAUGAAAAAUAUGCUUCCACCACAAUUAAUAAAAAUAAAUAGAGAGCAACUAUAAUCAGAAUAAUAAAUUUAGGAAAUCAUAAUAGAUCAUGACUAUUUAGAUGAAGGAGAAAAACCCAAUUAUGUUGAAAAUUGGAGUUUAUUAUGA